AUGCAUCGCUUCCACCAGCUGCUCGCCAUCGCCAUGGCUGCUGCCACGUCUGUCGCAGCGGCCGACCCCGUCGUGACGAGCCUCCUGCUGCCCUACAACGAUCCCCAGUCCUUUGUCGCCACCGUCCUCAACGUUGACGCGUCGGCCACAACGUAUGCCUACACCUGCGCGAGCGGUGUCAACUCUGACGACUGCGGCAUGGCGACGCACGGCACCAUUGUCCAGGGCCCAUCGACCUGGCGUAUGACGUUGUCGCAGAGCGACGAAGACGGCCUGUUUGCUUUGACGGCCGCAUGCGCCCUCACCUCGUCCAGAAAUGAAGCCAGCUGCACCUUGUCCGAAACUAUGUCUGACAGCGAGACCCAAGCCUCGAGCACAAAGACGGGCAUGACGACGAGCUACCUUUCAGACCUUCAGGCCGUCACUCUGGUUGCCGGUCUCGACAAGCUCACCGAUGGCGCCGUGCUGCCGACGCCGAGCACGGCAUCACCCACACCGAGUGGCAGCAGCUCCGGCCCUACAAACACUGGAGGCGUGUCACCGUCUUCGUCCGGUGCUGCCUCCACCUCGGCUGCUUCUUCCGCGUCCUCAUCGAGCGCCACCUCCUCUGCGAGUGCCUCCAAGACAGCCACGCCCAACGCCGCACCGGCUGCGACCCAGCAGGCGCUGCUGGCUGGUGUCGCCGCCCUCGUGGGCGCUCUUGCACUCUAA